AUGGCGGUCAACGGCCGUGAUUUUGUGGAAUGGAGGGAGCAUUUCGUCUCGCAGGAGCGCGGCAGUCGCGUGGUUCACUUCUUUCUCGAGGAUUCUUCAGGGGAGUCCUUUCUUGCCGCAGUUGGCACUGAGAGGAGUUUAAGGCAUAUGCUCUAUGUUGUCGCGGAGGAGUUCUUGCAGGCGGCUGGGAUAGACAAAUCGGCUGCUUCUUGUCUGAAGUGGAGGUCGAGGAGGGAGGUCGUGGACUGGCUCAAGACAUUUCUUGCCAAGCAGAUCUGUACCCAAGAUCCAUCGAGUACGAGAUUACGGCUACUUUGGUGAAAUCUGUGAUGCUCCUCGUCUGGAAUUAGAUUUCUGACUGUGGUUGUGUUUUAUGCAAUUAUGAUUUCCUAUUAGCCAUAUACAUGAAGCAGCUUUUCUGAAUACUAAAAAACUUGGCCUCGGACAUGGAUACUAUAUGAUUUUUUCCCACGUCUUUCAAGGCUUGAAAGGGGGGGUAUUCAAGUUAUUUCAUAUCUUCAGCCUGGUGUGAUUGUGUUGCAUUUUCCAUUUUCUUAAAUGUGUCAUCUGGGAUACGUCUGACAGUCUUUGCAGCAUAACAUCUCGAUAAGGUCUACGUUCCACAUAGACAAUUCUCUGGGGGACGCUAUGAUAAUGCUUCUAAUGUGUUCGAAUGAUGUGCUCGAUAGCGAAUGUUUUUUGGGCUCUGUUUUUGCAGUAUCUUUUCGUCUUUAUGCUGAACGAAUGUUUUAGCACAUUUUCAGAUAGAGGUGGGUCUCCUUGUGUUUACACUUGGUAAUGUGAAAGUUGCAAUUUUUAAAAUGGAUCUAGUAAUUUCUUUUUUACCUGCUUCUCUAGCUGAUCCACCUCGAAAUUAAGUUAACUCAGUUUGUGCCAAAAAAAUGCCUUGUUCUGACCUACUUAGAUCUCUGGAGAGUUCCUGUCCAGUCGUAGUAUGAAGAAAAUCUGUAGACGAUCUGAGAAUAGAUUUUCAAGUGCGUUGAACGUUAAGGAUAUGCUUCUUGUGUCUCCAAGCAUUGGAGCUAGGAUUGGUUGUUUACAGAAGACAUUUGAACAGCCUAUGAGAUGUCUACGGAAAAAGUUGCUAUUCGGUGGACAUUAAUCAGAUCCUAUGGUAACAUUCCUACGUCCUGAAUUUUUCGUGCACACUGCAAUUUUCAUUGGUUAGGAUUAUAAGCUAGAUAUGUAAUUUCGGAAAAAAAUUGUUGUAGUGUCUUCCAUUGUCGAGUUUAUCCAUGUGCGAAAAAAAAAAGGUGGGAUCUGCAUCCACAAUAAUUCUUCGUUGGAAUAUUGUUAGACCGAUUCAUUCUCUGAUACAGAUUGUUCAUAGAAGCAUCUUUAUUUCUAUGAGACCAUCAUCCAAAAGGAUGAUUCGGCUAUGCUAACUGCCUCCAGCCCUAUGGUAAGGAAGGGGAUAUUAGAGCUUUACGAAAACGUUACAAACAUGGCCAUAUAACAUUUUUUUUUAAAGAAGGUUUCUAAGCAGUAAUUUAUUCUAGUCACGGCUAAUAGUGUAUUUUGUCUCUCGCUAAAACCUUUAUAGUGGUUAUCUGAAAUAUGGAAACAUGGAUCAAGCAUUUGCUUAUUUGGAAGGUCUUAGGAAUUUUAUUUAUUUCAUGUUGGAGAUUGGGAGAAUCUAGUACCAGUUGUCCUGAAAUGUAUAUGGAAUUCUUUUUCAAUUUCCUGCGAUGGACAGAACGUGUGCCUGUUUGACCCGUCGACCAAAUCCAAUUGAUUAUCUUCUUUUUUGGCGUCCAGAAUGUUUGAACUGUCAUUUGACGGCACUAGAAAAAAAUUAGUGGAGCCACAUCUAGACAUAUAAGAAAUCCAUGUGCGCAACAUAUAGGCAUGCAUGUAUAAUAACUGAAAUCAUGGUCGUGUUUAUUUCAAAGAAAAACGUCUUGGUAAUUAUUGUCAAACCACGACCUGUUGGUAAUUGAUUUCAGAAUCAACGCAUACCAUAAGUGUAUUCCAAACUAUGGGUUGACUGAGAAUCUCAGACCAGUGUCAGAGUGGCCUAUGAACCUUCCUGCACGUUAGUAACCUUGGUUGCUGCUCUUGGACUAUACUUGCUCUGCAACGAAGUUCUGAACUGCUGAAUACCUCUUGUUUUGCAAGUAUUUUGAAAUAAUCUAUCUUUGAUAAUAUUUGAUUGAUUGUAGUAACUUCGGUAGGAAGCUUAGAGUGAACUGAUAGUUCAGUUUCGAGUAAAUUAGAGAGCGCUGGAAGAGCAGUUUCUGAUAUUUUUGAUAAGUAUCUCAUCAUUUUCCUGGCUUGUAUUUUCUUCUUUCUUGACUGGGAAUGUGGAAGUCUUGACUCUUUCUUUAGACCAUGCCUUCUUUGAACUAAUCACUGGAUUUCACUGUGGUUUUACUGGCUAUUUUUCCGAUUCAAGCUUUGCAGACAUCUUUUGAUUCUAUAUGAGGUUUUUUUUUUCAAAGAUAAAGGAAAAAUAGAAAGAUAUUUUCUUCUUCAACUCCUAUGGCCGAAUUGGGGUUAAUGUUCAUCCAGAUUCUUAAAUGAAGUUCUAUGGUGUCCUUUAUGCAUAACUAUGCAUCAGAAUCACUCUCAUUGGAUCCUUACUAAAAAACUUCCUUUUUUUAACGUGCUAGGUUCACCAAUUACCAGCCCACUUGAUGGAAUCAAUGAUCCAGAAGCUUAUCUGAACAAAAAUGUGGUAUAUAUCUCUUGAUAAACUCCUCGUGUACCCAAUUGGUUUUCUUUUAUGUACCUGCGGCUCAACAUGAGAUCUUAUUUCAGGACCAGUCUACACGCAACUUGAGAAGCCACAAUUCAGACAUUUUCUGGUCUGGGGUUUCGUGGACUUGUAGCAAACAACUCAAGCAUUACAAAGCAUUUUGCCGUAAUGGAACAACAAUCGCUGUAUGCCCCAACAAUUUUGUAUCCCAUGCCGAUCCACUUCUUCUAGUUCUGAGUACUCAGGCAUGGGCUUUUCUGAUUUGCAGAUUCAUUCUUUUGUUGUCGUCAUGUCUGAGGGAGAGGAAAAUCACUAUCUUGCUUAUUUGGAAGAUAUGUAUGAAGAUAAGAAAGGCCAGAAAAAAGUUAGAGUACGGUGGUUUCACCAGAAUCAGGAAGUAGUUGGCUCUAUUCCACCUCCAACUCCCCACCCGAGAGAGGUCUUUAUUACACCAUAUAUGCAGGUCAUUAGUGCAGAGUGUCUGGAUGAUCUGGCUACAGUCUUAACGCCAGAGCACUAUGACAAAUGCUUGGCUAAUCUUCCGUAUGCCUGUUCAGCUGGCAUUCAUCUUUGUUCUCGGCAGUACAGUAAAAAUAAAUUCAAGCCCUUUGAUCUAAGCACAUUGCAUGGCUAUUUUGAUCAGUCUAUACUUGCAUGUUUAGAUAUUUGUAUCUCAGGUGAGCACAAAGAAUCUCUGCAAAGAACUAGCUUAAAAUGUUUAUCAAACAAUAUUAGUGACUUAAGGGGACAUCUGAGUUUUAUUGCAGGUGGACUCUCUAUCAGAUCAUUAGGUCACAACAGUCAAAUAGCCAUGAAUGGCUCAACUUUCCAGAGUACAAAGUUUGGGCUAUCAGAAAGGAAGAGUUUGACUGUAAAGUUGAUAAGGCCCUUUUCCCAUGUUGUGCUACCUUUUAAGGUUGAUGAGAAGGUUGAGUUGCUAUGUCAAGAUAGUGGAAUCAGAGGUUGCUGGUUUAGAUGUACGGUUUUACAACUAUCUCAGAGAAGAUUAAAGGUUCGAUAUGAUGAUCUGACGGAUGAAGACGGUUUUGGAAAUCUUGAGGUAAGAAGAAAUACUAGAGCAUUGCUUGCAUCAUUCUUGUUCUUCUUGAUCCUCAAAUUCCAGUACAUUGGACGUGUUCUGUUUGAAUAAAUGUUCUUGAAUGACAAAGCUAUUUAUAUAUAUUGACAAAGCUAGAGAUUGGGUGUACCAUAUUCACUUAGAAAGGCACAUAGAAUGCUGAAAUGGCUUGUACGCUGAUCUUUGCCUGCCAAUCAGAGGGGUAUAUAUUGUUUUUACUUUCAUCAAGUUUCUACAUUUUUUUCUCUAUGCAUCUGGUUGAUUCAUGUUAAUUGAAACUGAUAAGAGAAGUUUUUUUCUUCAUCAUUUUACUGAAAAAUAUCGGAAUAUUUUGGAUUUUGUUGAUGCUCAAUUUUGUUUGACGUUGAACACAGCUUAGACAACCAGAGAAAGGCCAAUGUUCAUGCAGACAUUAUCUUCCCGAAAUCCUGGCUAUUCUUAGCAUGAUAUUGGGGACUCUCACUGCUAUUUCUCAGACAAGCAUGAAACGUUUGCUUGCCUAUUCGUCUUUUGGACAAAUCGGAUGGAUUAUAGAUUUAUAGUUAUUUGUAGACACAUAUAAUAUGGGGAUCCCUUGACAGAUAUUUUUUUAAAUCGCAUAGAAUAUAUUAUGAAUAAUGUUGAAAACUGUAUUUUUUAGAAAUUAGUACGUCAAAAUGCCCAAUGUUAGGAUAUUCCUGAUGAAAUUCAUACUCGAAGAAACAGGGAUCAAAUAGAAUAUUACAGUCUAUUUCGUCGAUUUAAAGCUUUAUAUGUAACAAUAGAAAUAUUUCCUAACAUUUGAAACUACAUGACUAUUUGGCUGUAUAUUUGUAUCAUAUAUUAUCUGUCGUGAUUUUUUUUCAUGAUCAGGUUUUGUAUAAAAUUUUAUCCUUUCAUCUUCUUCUUUUUUCAGACUUUUCUGUAAAUUUUGAUUAUUUUAUUUUUAUUCUUUUAUUUGUAGGAGUGGGUUCCUAUUUUUAGGCGCGCUGCUCCUUGUAAAUUGGAAAUUAGGCACUCAGGUCGGCUCAUGAUUCGCCCAUGUCGCCCACAUGAUGAUUCAUCCGAGUCUGCUGUCUAUGAGAUUGGUUCUGCAGUGGAUGCUUGGCGGAAUGAUGGCUGGUGGGAAGGGCUUGUAAUAGGAGUCAACGAUUUCUCUAAUGUUAUAAAAGUUUAUUUUCCAGGUACAUAUUUUCUAGUUACGUUGCUUUUAUAUGUUUCGAAUUAAUGAUUCAUAUCAAGUUGGGAACAAGUUUUUGUAGCUUGAAAAAUUUGCAGCGAUGGUAAAUCAUUUUAUGGAAAUGUUUCGUCAAGCUAUUAGAUCUCCUGAAAGUUGACUGAAAAUUUUUAUAAUUCAAGCUUUCAGGUUAUAAACUUACACAUCCAGUUUUUGAUGAGGACAUCUUGCUAUGUUAUGAUGCUUGAAGCGUGUUUUUGAUCAAUUAAUCAAAAUAUUGUUGGAAAGUUGUCGACCAUUAGAGCGGUUUGGUUGCACCAGUGUUGUCACUUUGGUUUUUUUACAUACAUUAAAACUUGCUAUUUGAUAUUCAGAGUAACCCAGUCACAUCAGCUAAAUCCGGUCUGCUGCAUACCUUUUCUUCAUUUACUUUGCAACACCGUCUUCUUCCAGAUGUGCUUCUGAUCAGAAAUUUGAGAGCCUCAAUCUAUUCAAUAUACCGCAUGACAUAGAAGAAAGAAUCCUCCCGUUCCAUGUUACCGCAAAGUUCUUGCGUUUGAUUUUUCAGUAGAAGUAUCCCUGUGAGCUAUUUUCUAGUAACCUCCACAUGAAUGUGUUGGGGUUGAUUCCCGGUUUUGAUUUUCCAUCUAGCAACAUCUCAGAGCCACUCUAUUUGCUUUGACUGUAGAUGCUCAUCUUCUUGACAUUUAUCACCCCUUGUCCACGGUAAGGGGUUGGUUUAUUCGAAUUCCUAUUGGAUUAUUCUUUAUAUCUUGUAAGGACUUGAUUGACAAGGUUUUCAGUGAUAUGACUCUCUGCUUCAUUUACUUGAAUGAAAGGGUAGCAAUUCACCGUAAUAUGAUGAGCGACAGUCGUUAACACAGAUUUUUUCCCCCCCAUUAUAUUACAUCCUCAUGUGUUCAGGUUGUUCUGGUCUUUUUUCUUCUGGAAAUUUAAUUCAAAGAUUGAGACGAAUGCCAUAUGUUACAGGUGAAGAUAAAGUUUUGGAUUGCCCGCGCAGCGAUCUGAGGAUAUCUAAAGAUUGGAUAAAGAACGAUUGGGUGAAUAUUGAGGCUAAGCCCCUUGCAUUACCGGUCUUAUCUUCUAUCAUCUCUGGUGCACAGGCAUCCUCAUUGCCAACCUUUACAAGAGCAACUGAGUCGGGCAGCUCUGAAAUGUCUGACCAUGAUGCUGCCGAGUCCAUGAGAUCGAAUUCAAAUGAAGGGAAGGCCCAAACAACGGGCGGUGUGCUCGGUGGAAUCGUUGCUGCUGCGCUGGAUAUCACCAAGGUCUAUUCAAGGAAACGGCGGAGAGAUGAAGAUGGCAUUAAGCUAGAGGGUGACAAUGGGAAGGAUAUCGACAGGAUGGGAGAUGGACACAGCGAUGACAGCGGAAGGAUGGGCUGCUAG